UGCGAUGAGAACAUUCGAUGAGGAGAGUUAAAUCCAACAGCUAUCAUGUGGUGAUGCCAAAAAUUCCAUGGCAUAAUUCCCACACCUUUUUCUGCCAUUAUUAUUCAUAUAACAUCAGACAAACCAACUAACGUUAUACAAGCCUCCAAUAACGCCAAAUCUGCACCAGUCGUUCAUGCCCUCUCUCUUCCCUGACACCACGCGCUGCCACUCUCCCUCUUUCUCUCUCCGCCGGUGAAGCCCGGCCAGUUCCAGUGGCGGGAACGGCUUUGACCGUUACCUGACUCCUUCUUUCUUUCUUUAGACACAUGGAGGUUUCCGUUGCGGCCUCGCCGAGAAAGUCCAUGGCGGAGAAGGUCUUCGGAGGGUACUACAAUGGGAGUACCAGCCAGAAGAAGCGUGGCACUGACGCUCGCCACGAUGACAGCGAUGGAGGCAUGGAACUCAUGGAGAUUGGCGCUGAAAGAACAAAAAACGUGCUGAUUCUCAUGAGCGACACCGGUGGCGGUCACAGAGCCUCCGCUGAAGCCAUUCGUGACGCCUUUCAGAUCGAAUUCGGUGACGAAUACCGGGUAAUCUUGUCGCUCCCUUUGAAUUUUGUUAAGGAUGUUUGGAAGGAAUACACCGGGUGGCCGUUGAAUGACAUGGAGGGGCAAUAUAAAUUUAUGGUUAAGCAUGUGCAGUUAUGGAAUGUUGCGUUUCACAGUACUUCUCCUAGAUGGAUUCACUCUGUUUAUUUGGCUGCCAUUGCUGCAUACUAUGCCAGGGAGGUGGAGGCGGGGUUGAUGGAGUACAAGCCACAUAUAAUCAUCAGCGUCCAUCCCUUGAUGCAGCAUAUUCCAUUGUGGGUUUUGAAAUGGCAAGGUUUGCAGGAUAAGGUUGUUUUUGUGACAGUGAUCACGGACCUUAGUACCUGCCAUCCUACGUGGUUUCAUCCUUGGGUGAAUAGAUGUUACUGCCCUUCACAAGAGGUGGCGAAGAAAGCAGCUCUAGAUGGCCUUGAGGAAUCUCAAAUCCGUGUUUUCGGCUUACCCAUCAGGCCUUCUUUUGCCAGGGCGGUUCUUGUGAAGGAUCAAUUAAGAGAAGAACUCGAAUUGGAUCCCAUCUUGCCAGCAGUUUUGCUGAUGGGAGGUGGUGAAGGAAUGGGCCCUGUCAAGAAAACUGCAAAGGCUCUGGGAGAAUCACUUUACGACAAAGAGGCAGAAAAACCAAUCGGACAGUUAGUCAUCAUAUGUGGUCGGAAUAAGAAUUUAGUAUCCACCCUUGAAUCUCUCGAGUGGAAGAUUCCAGUAAAGAUCAGAGGCUUUGAGACCCAGAUGGCCAAAUGGAUGGGAGCCUGUGACUGCAUCAUAACAAAAGCUGGACCAGGUACGAUAGCGGAGGCAUUGAUCAGAGGUCUUCCCAUAAUUCUCAACGACUAUAUCCCAGGACAGGAGAAGGGUAACGUGCCGUACGUGGUUGACAAUGGAGCUGGUGUGUUCACGCGUAGUCCUAAGGAAACAGCAAAAAUGGUGGCAGAAUGGUUCACCACGAAAUCAGAUGAGCUGAAAAGCAUGUCAGAGAAAGCACUUAAAUUAGCACAACCAGAGGCGGUGUUUGACAUCGUGAGGGACAUUGAUGAACUUGCUAGGCAACGAGAGCCAUCAAAUUUUCCAUACCUGUUGACCUCGUCGUUUACUAGCCUAAUUUAAUUCAUUAUUUGUGCUUCUUUCAUGGUACCUUUCUUCCAUUUAGAAUUCACUUGUACAGUUAGCUCUAUUUAUUUAUAUCAUUCUUUAUCUAUGCUAAGAUUCAAUUGUAGUAAACAAGUAUGCUUGUGUGGUUGUGAGGAGAUGCUUUGCCUGUAACUGCAAGAAUGUUUGAAUUCUACACUAGAUUUUUUUUUUUCGUAA